CUACUGCUACACAUGAUUGCUGCUCUGCUUACUAACCUGCGUGAAUAUUUUUGUGAAAAAUAUACACGAUUUCUUCGGAGGUCUUAUUUUUAUUCCAGGCUUUCAAUCUCAAUUUUAAAGAAUUUUAGGUUGACACGCGUUGACACAACACGCUUUUGUCCAUCUAAUGGCCGGAAGUGGCACGAUGGUAGUACUAUGCAAAGGAUUGUCCGAAAAGAGCGACAGGCAGGAAACAUAUCUUGAAACAUUGGAAUCGGCUGGUUAUAGUUGUGAAUGUUUACAAACUCUAAGAUUCGAGUUUGUGAAUAUCUUGGAACUGCGAGCGCGUCUGUCAGUAGCUGAUGGAUAUAGUGGUCUAAUAUUGACGAGUCCUCGUACGGUGGAAGCUGUUGCACUGGCAGCAAAAGAAGACCCUAGUAUCCUGUAUCAUUGGAAACAGAUGCCAGCGUAUUGCAUAGGACCCACGACGGACUCUCUUGCGAAAAGUCAACUUAACUUGCAACAUUGCGUGGGCAGCGACUCUGGUAAUUCAAAGCGACUGGCUGAGAAGAUUGUUCUUGACAUGAAGAAAGAUUCAAAACCACUAUUGUACCCGUGCAGUGAAAUUGCACGUGAAAGUAUAUGUUGUAUCGUCGAAGAUAGGAUUCCAAUCGAAAAGAUCGUGGUUUAUAGGACGUUAAAGAGCGAAACGCUGGAGCAGGAGCUGCCAAAGAUGCUUGACAAAUGUCCUAGGAUAUUUGUUUUUUUCAGUCCGUCUACAGUGGAACAUAUUAAAACGCAACUAAAGAGAAAUUUUUAUAAUAUCAAACAUAUAAAGGCGAUAGCCAUAGGACCUGUAACGAGAGAUGCGUUAAUUAAUUCUGGUUUCAAUGUAUAUGCCACUGCAGACAAGCCUGAACCAGUAGCUUUGAUGCACGCGAUCAGAGCUGCUGAGACUAUGGCAAAUUCAAGUGAGAAUAUUUCAUGAAAAUAUGUACUAGUCGCGACAUAACUUGUCAACAUUUUAAUAUAUUGAUAUUUGCAAUACGUACAUUUUAAUGCAUAUAAAUGUUUCAAAUUAUUUUUUUUUAUAAUAAGAUUUUCUUAAUUAAAUAAUCUUUUAUCCAGUUCACACACGCGCGC